AUAAUAGCGCGUCAAAAAGUCUGUUAAGGCGGAUUUUUUGGGAAUUUCCUGUCAUGUUGAGCUGUUUUUUUUUUUACUUUAACUUUUUUUUAACACCAAAUGCUUCCUGAUGCAAGCCUGCCAUUUUAGGAGCAGCAUCAGCAGUUGAAUACUUUUAUUCUUCCCAACAAUAUUCACAAUCACGUUAUAUUGGUGGUCCACUCACAUCCAACAGGAACUCCACCAGCGUGUCUGCUGACAGCUGUCCGUCAAACUCAAUGAUGCGCUGGUCCUUGAAGACGUACAGGCUGCCCACCUCCUCCAGACCUGCAAGGGCAGGGUCCAACACCAUUGGCACAGACAACAAUAUAACAUCUACGUCAUCUACGUGAUAGCAUCUCACCGAGCUUCUUGGCUACUUUGGCAUCCUUCUCAGAGUCCACCAUCCCGAAGCCGAUGUCUUUGUCCUCCAGGACCUGAGCACUCAGCUGGGUGGUGGGCGAGCACACACACACACACUUUAUUUCCUUAAAACUUUUUUCUCUUAAUAUUUUGACUUUAUCCUCGUAAAGUUACAGCAUUUCUUUCAACUUUCUUCCUGUAAGAGAAGAAGAUCUCACCUCCAGGACCAGCUCGGUCAUCUGGAAGCGCUUCUGCAGGCCCUUGCUGGUGGGAAGCGGCUGGUGGUAGAAGACGCACAGCAGCUCAAAGCUCCUCAGCGCCUUCUUGUAGCUGUGCUCAUUUAUGUCCAGCACCCGGUCUUUGCCGUCAAAGUUGGGGAACUCCAGACCUUCCUCCGCGGCACAAAAGCAAAGCAGGUGGAGGCAGAAGGUCCAAACCAAGGACAAGGACACAGGACGCAUUGUUGCUGAAGGCGUGGAAGACAACAGGAAGUGAAGGACAAGAUCUCAGAGGCGGUUAAAGUAUAUCGUCAGUGCAACUCUGCCAACUGUAGCUGCCACCUUAGGGUCCUAGAAGAAGACUUGGCUCCCUUCCGAGGAGGCAUCUCCCAGGAUGUCAUGACUCAGACGGUAGAAAGAGGGGUGGGCACCCACUACCAGAUCAUUGACCAUAAGUUGUACCGGGAGCGCCAGUGCAUGUUCCCUGCCAGGUGCAGCGGGGUGGAGCACUUCCUGUUAGAGGUGAUUGACAGGUUACCUGAUGUGGAGAUGGUGGUCAAUGUCAGAGAUUAUCCUCAAGUGCCAAACUGGGUGCAGCCGACCCUCCCAGUUUUCUCCUUUAGUAAGACAUCAGACUACCAGGACAUCAUGUACCCAGCAUGGACCUUCUGGGAGGGUGGUCCUGCUGUGUGGCCCAUAUAUCCUACAGGACUAGGAAGAUGGGACCUAAUGAGGGACGAUCUUAAAAAAUCUGCUGCUCGGUGGCCGUGGAAGAACAAAGAAUCCAAAGGGUUCUUCAGAGGAUCCAGGACCAGUUCAGAGCGUGACCCUCUGGUCGUCCUGUCCAGGGAGAUGCCAGAUCUGGUUGAUGCAGAAUACACGAAGAACCAGGCCUGGAAGUCAGACAAGGACACACUCGGGAGAGCACCGGCCAAAGAAAUCCCACUGGUGGACCACUGCAAGUACAAAUAUUUAUUUAACUUCCGAGGCGUGGCGGCCAGUUUUCGCUUCAAGCAUCUGUUCCUGUGCGGCUCCUUGGUGUUUCACGUGGGCGACCAAUGGCAAGAGUUCUUCUACCCUCAGCUCAAGCCCUGGGUCCACUACGUCCCCGUCAAGCAGGACCUCUCCGACGUCAGAGAACUCUUAGAGUUCGUGCAGGAGAACGACGCCAUUGCAGAAGAGAUCGCCAUCAGAGGCGCCCGCUUCGUCUGGGAGCACCUGCAGAUGCGAGACGUCUCCUGCUACUGGGAGACGCUCCUCACCCGCUUCGCCCGCCUGCUGGCCUACCGCCCCAAAAGACGCCCACACUACUCGCACAUCCUGCCCCCGUCCACCAGGACUGAGCUGUGAUGGCUGCGUGCCCUGCCUUGGACCCUACCUUCAUCAUUUGGACUAUCUCGUCUUCAUCAUAUCCUAUCAUUCUCAUAGAAUACAGCUUUUAUUACUACAUGUGCUUUUUUUCUUCCAUUUGUAGUUUUUUCAUCUUUCAGCUACUUUGACUUUAUUCCACAAACACAACUUUAUUCCCCUAAUACGAGGACUUUAUUCCCUUAAUACGAGGACUUGUUU